AGGUUAUGUUUAUAAUUUUAUUCUGCCGAAAAAAGGCAAUGUGAAAAAAUCUAUGCGAUGAAAACCCUUCCAAAAAGCAUAAAAUUGUUGGCAUCGCAACUCCGUGAGAGAUCAGUGAGUUGUGAUGAGAUAUCUUCAGUGAUCACAAACACGGUCCGAAAGACCAAACACCUGAAUGCUUUCAUAACACUCACAGAAGGAGUAUCCCAGAAGCAGUGGCUUGAUGCCCAGGAGAGGCACAAUGUGGGCAAAGGCCUAGGAGAAUUGGAUGGUGUUCCAAUAGCUGUUAAAGAUAAUUUCUGCACAAGAAAUAUCCGUACGACAUGCGCUUCCCGGAUGCUGAGGGAUUUUAUACCAACGUACAAUGCCACAGUUUAUGAGAAGCUAUUGAAUAGAGGGGCAAUACUGAUUGGAAAAACCAAUAUGGAUGAAUUUGCAAUGGGUUCUGGAGCUACAGAUUCCAUUUUUGGCCCUGUCAGAAAUCCCUGGAAUGACAGGCACAUUUCUGGUGGAAGUUCCGGGGGAUCUGCCGUCGCUGUGGCUACGGGAAGUUGCUAUGCUGCUUUGGGGUCAGAUACCGGAGGAUCUACAAGAAAUCCUGCUUCUUACUGCGGAAUUGUCGGUUUGAAACCAACAUAUGGCUUGCUAUCGCGCCACGGAUUGAUUCCUUUGGUUAAUUCUCUGGAUGUACCUGGAAUUCUGUCUAAAACAGUCGAUGAUUGUGCUGCAGUACUCAAUGCAAUUGCUGGACCUGAUCCUAGAGAUUCAACAACCCUCAAGAAGGCCACAAAUCCUGUGAUUUUACCUCCUGGUGAAAAGAUUUCCAUGCGUGGAAUCAAAGUGGGAAUACCGAGAGAAUAUCACAACCCCCAAUUGGAAACAAAUGUCUUGGAGACGUGGAAGAUUGUGGCAAGUCUACUGGAAAAUGCUGGAGCUACAGUAUCUACAGUUUCUCUGCCGCACACAUCUUCCUCAAUAGCUGUCUAUUCCGUACUCAAUGCCUGCGAAGUGGCCAGUAACAUGGCUCGCUACGAUGGAAUUGAAUUUGGUCACAGAGCAUCAGAUGCCACCAGCACGGAAAAACUCUAUGCAGAAUCAAGAGCCGAAGGAUUCAAUUGUGUAGUAAAGACGAGAAUUUUGUCCGGGAAUUUCUUUCUGCUUCGACGGAAUUAUGAAAAAUACUUCAAGCAGGCCUUGAAAGUACGUCGCUUGAUUGCUCAGGAUUUCGAAAAUGUCUUCAAGGAUGGAUAUCAUGUUCUCUUGACGCCAACAACUCUCUCAGAAGCUCCAGUCUAUGAGGAAUUCAUCGGAUACUCAAACAGGGAUCAAUGUGCCCUGCAGGAUUACUGUACACAGCCUGUCAAUAUGGCUGGAAUCCCAGCAAUUUCAAUUCCAAUUUGCCUCUCAUCGAAUAAUUUGCCAAUAUCUCUGCAAAUCAUCGGGCCGAGGCUGUCUGAGAGUUCUCUCCUGACCGUGGCUAAAUUUGUGGAACAUGCUGUUGACUUCAAACACAGAACAUUUUCUUAAUAGACACAAUUUUAUUGACA